AUGGUGAACAGCUGUUGUCCUGGAAAGGACUUGGCUACUCCAGCGGUGCCUACCACCACCAUGUCCCCAAGAGGUGGCAGAGUCGGAAAUGCUAUCUGUCUGCCCAGUUCCUGCCAGAGCAGAACGUGGCAGCUGGUCACAUGCCAAGAAAGCCAUCAGCUGCCCAGCAGCCUCCUGAGGGGCUGUGAACCCAUUUCUUCCCAAGCUCCCUACCUUUCCGACAUGUCUUGUGUGGGUUUUAUUUGCCAACCCAUAUGCCCCAGCACUGCCUGCUCCGAAUCCAGCACUGGUCACUCUCCUCGUCCAGUCUCCUCCCCUCCUCCAUCCUGCUUGGACUCCUCUCGUUGUGAGACAAAGUACUGUGAUGCCAGCUCCUGCCAACAAAGUUCCUGCCGGGAACCUGUGUGCACACCUGGGCCAUGCCAGGCAGCGUGUGGCCAAUCCAUCUGCCAUGAUGUGAAAUCCUGCCAGCUGUCUGGCUCAGAAGUAACUUCCUGUGCUGAAACGUCUUGCCCACAAGUUCUCUCUGCAGCUGGUUCAUGCCAACCAACCUGCUGCCAAGGAGGCUCAUGGCACCCCACUGGAGGUGAGGACCAGCCCUGCAGUGCCACAUAUUACCAACCCGUCUGCUAUAUCUUUGAGCCUUGUCAGUCCGUUCCCUGCACUCCUGUUUCCUGCCAGCCAAUGACUUACAUGUUGAGUUCUUGCAGUCCUGCUUGCUGGGUGGCCUCUCCUUCCCAGUCAUGUCACUGCCAACCAGUGUCUCCUAUAUCCUUCAUCUGCCAGCCAGUGGCCACUUGCCAGUCCCCUUGUUCUGAGAAGUGCCCCUGCAAGCCAGUUUCCUGUGGCCAACCCACCUGCGGUGGACCCACUUCUCACAGUUGUGGCCGAAAGUCCCCGCCCUGCCAGCCAGCUUGUUGUGUGACAGGUUCAGGCAAAGCAUCCAGCUGUGGGCCCAGCUGCUUCCGAGCGACUUCCCCAAGUCGGUGCAAAGCAAGGCCCUGUUUGCUGACUUCCUGCCAGCCAGGCUGCAAGGUGAGCUGCCAUUGGCCCAUGCUCGGCUGA